CAACCUUUCGACCGGGUGCCAAGGCAAAAACAGUGUGCGGCGGCAAACAAACUUCAUUUACAACAAACUUGUUUGAUCAAUAUUUAAAUAGAUUCUGCUUAGUCUAGCGUGCGAUAAUAGUUAAAGGUUUUCAAAUUCAUUUGAAAUCAUGAAAAUCGAAGAAGUUAAGAGCACCGUGCGCACUCAGCGCAUCGCAGCCCACAGCCACGUGAAGGGACUCGGCUUGGACGAAACCGGCGCCGCCAUCCAAAAUGCUGCCGGACUUGUGGGACAGAAAGCAGCACGUGAGGCUGCUGGCAUUGUGGUGGAUCUGAUCAAGUCGAAGAAGAUGGCUGGCCGUGCUCUCCUAUUGGCUGGUCCACCGGGCACCGGCAAAACGGCCAUUGCCUUGGCCAUUGCUCAGGAGUUGGGCAACAAGGUGCCAUUCUGUCCCAUGGUUGGCUCCGAAGUGUUUAGCAACGAGAUCAAAAAAACCGAGGUACUUAUGGAGAAUUUCCGACGUUCCAUUGGACUGCGCAUACGGGAGACAAAAGAGGUUUACGAGGGCGAAGUGACGGAGCUGACACCAGUGGAGACAGAGAAUCCCAUGGGUGGUUAUGGCAAGACCAUCAGCAAUGUUGUCAUUGGCCUCAAGACCGCCAAGGGAACCAAGCAACUGAAGUUGGAUCCCAGCAUUUUCGAUGCUCUGCAAAAGGAGAAGGUCGAGGUGGGCGAUGUCAUCUACAUUGAGGCAAACAGUGGUGCCGUCAAGCGUCAGGGACGCAGCGACACCUUUGCCACCGAAUUCGAUCUGGAGACGGAGGAGUAUGUGCCGCUGCCCAAGGGUGAUGUGCACAAGAAGAAGGAAGUUAUACAGGAUGUCACCCUGCACGACCUGGAUGUGGCCAAUGCCCGUCCGCAGGGUGGCCAAGAUGUGCUCUCCAUGAUGGGCCAGUUGAUGAAGCCCAAGAAAACUGAAAUAACAGACAAACUGCGCAUGGAGAUCAACAAGGUAGUCAACAAAUAUAUUGAUCAGGGCAUUGCGGAGCUGGUGCCCGGCGUGCUCUUCAUCGAUGAGAUCCACAUGCUCGAUCUGGAGACCUUUACAUAUCUGCACAAAUCGCUGGAGUCACCGAUUGCUCCAAUUGUCAUAUUUGCCACCAAUCGUGGACGCUGUGUUAUCCGUGGCACUACGGACAUUGUUUCACCUCAUGGCAUUCCUUUGGAUCUGUUGGAUCGCUUGCUCAUCAUUCGCACACUUCUCUAUUCCACAUCGGACAUGGAGCAGAUCAUUAAAUUGCGCGCCCAAACCGAGGGACUGCAGCUGGAGGAGACGGCCUUCUCACGUCUCAGCGAGAUUGGCACAACUUCCACUCUCCGCUAUGCGGUUCAACUCUUGACCCCAGCUCACCAGAUGUCCAAGGUGAAUGGACGCAACCAGAUCAGCAAGGAUGACAUUGAGGAUGUGCACUCGCUGUUCCUGGAUGCUAAGCGCUCAUCGAAGCAUUUGUCGGAGAAGAACAAUAAGUUUAUGAUGUAAAUUACAAUUCCCAUUACAAUUAUGCACCUUACUUGAAUAAAUCUGCAAGAAAUAUACAUUUCA